AUGGACGAAUCUAUGGACGUCGACCUCGCCACCAAUAACCCUCAUCCUGACACUCAGGAUACUAGCAACAAUCAUCCAGAGCUUGUUGUUACUCAGGCUUCAUCUUCUCGCGACAAUUUUCGCGACAUUCAAGUCAAGGUGCACAUACGAAGACCAGACAGGGACUCUUGGGUCUACAUGGGUCGAGGGCUCGUCACGCAGGAGGUCACUGGUCACUCUUCUCGCGUUGUGGUUCGGACUGUUUCCACUGGGAAAAUCAUGGCCACAUUUGGAGAAUCCUCGGACAUCCAGGCGGAGAAGCGGGGAAACUUUGUUGUAAUUGGUUGUGUUGAGGGAUCACGCGUCGUGUCUUGGUCCUUGAACGCUCUAAACAACUCUGAAACACUACGUCUCUUAGCAAGCAUUGAGCUUGCCUGCUAUCGUUGCAAGCAAGCCCUGGUGGACCCCCGUCUGCAUAGCAAAGCAAGGCGAAAGAUAGAACGGGUUAUCAAAGACGACAGGCGAAGGAGGCACCGCCGACGCAAAGACCAGGAAGCCAUGAUCGAUGCUUUCGCAAAACAGAAUUUGAGCACUGAACAAGUGCCUCUAGAAGCUGGGCCCCCCAUCGAAUCAUGA